CGGUUCACAAAUGAAAAAAUUAGCCAUUUUGUCAAAGAAGUACGCAGUGGAUGAGAUGUGUAUCAAUAAAAUAACAAUUCUGUUAAAAAUCGGAAACUAAUUUGCAGCAAAUCGUUACGUGAAAUCGUAGUGAACGUGAGGAAAUCGAAAUUCGUUACAGAUCAGCAGUACAUGCUAAAAAUUAGCUGCUAAGUUAUUACAAGGAGGAAGUACGUAAAGGAAUUGGUGCUCUAGGUGCCUGCAUUUGACCAGCAGAAAAGUUUUGCCGUCGGCUGUUACAGUGGAAAUUAGUAGCCGCGGCCGAUAAUCUGUUUUCUAUGGAUUGAACGGUUUAAUUUUUGUCUACUGGAUUUCAUUUGUGCGUGUUUGCUGAAAUCUAUAGAUACCUCAACAAAAUGCGCGAAAGCUUGGAAGACGUGAGUCCACAAGUUUGGAAGGAGUGGAUCCUGGAAGCAAUCAGGCGUAUCCGCUGCCAAAAGCAACGGCCUAGUGUGCAAAGGAUUUGUCAAGCAAUCGGUAGCCAUCACAAAUUUCACGAAGAUAUUGUCGCGGAGAAGCUCGAGGAAGCUGUGGAAGCAGGAGCUGUGCUAAAGGUGUACAAUAAAGGCUUGCAUUCGUACAAGGCUCCGACCAACACCCAACGACGGGUGGUUGUUGUUACGAAUGAUAGUGAUUUGUCGCGUUUAGUGGUUAAAGCUGUACGUGACCUUGGAGAGUGCGAUGGAUCGAGUUUGAAGUCAAUAGAGAACUAUGUUCAACAAACGAACAAUCUGGACAUAACUUCCGGAACUGAUUUCAACCUAGUGAUAAAAAAUUCAAUACGAAUUGCUUUGGGAGAUGGCAGCUUGCUCCAUGAAGCCAAGCUGUACAAACUUGGAAGCGUUGUUAAACCUUUGGCUAAACGGAAAUCUACUUCACCUAAGAAAAAGGAAAAAUCGUCAUGUGAAACUCCAGCAAAGAAAACGACCAAUAUAGUUUGCGUGGAAUGUCUCGGCACGGAAGCGAAAGGUCCUUCAGGUUUACCGGAACCUUUAAGUUCAUGUAGUGGUUGUGGUAUGUCACUACAUAAUAAGUGUGCUAACGGUGGCGAUACUACUGUACCUUUGGUGGCAUUGGUUAAAAGAGGCAAUAGAUGGUACUGCGAAGAAUGUAAAUCGUGUGACGGUUGUUCCACGCAAAACGAAAAAGGACCGUGUGUACUUAGUUGUAACUAUUGCUUAAAGAAUUUCCAUUUUGCGUGUAUGGAUCCUGAAGUUAACGUUUCUAAAAAACUUAAAUCUGUCUGGAGGUGCUCUUCCUGUAUGACUCUUUACAGUCAGAAUAUUAAGUCGGAAAUGGACAUCCCUUUUAGCGAACCCGUGCUAAGGAAGCGGCCUGAUACUUUGCAAGACAAACUAGAUGAAAAGAAGAAAAAAAGGUCUGUUUUGGAUAACCAAUCGCUACAUGAGACUCAAACGAUCCGAAAAAAUAUGUCAUCGCCCAUGCAAGGGAGCUCUAGUGCUUCAAUGAAAACGCCAAAAGCGAGUUCAUCGUCUAAAACCAUUAAUCCACGUCGUAUCAAGCAGCAGCAGCCCCAGCUAUCGUCACCGGAGCCUCCGGAGCGGAACGAGGAAUUGCCCGGUAAACAUUUCAAUAAAUUUUCUUCCACUAUUGUACCAAACCCGAUGAUGAUGACGACGAUGUCCAGAACUGGUAUGAAUGAAAAGAAUUUGUUUUUGAAUCAACCCACGCGCGUGUUUUCUCGCGAACAGGCUGCUUUUCUUCUGUCGUCGUCAAACAAACAUCAAUUGUUAUCAAAUUCCGAUCAUAUGUCAACUGAAAAGCAGCCGAAAUCUCGUUUUUCUGCUUUAAACAGUAAAAGAUCUAAACCCAAAUCAAGGUCUGAAAAAGAAAAGAUCCAAACCAAUGCACAAAUUACAAAUCAAUCGAAAGAAUCUUUCCAAUAUAAUGAAACCAGCAGUGCAAGUGACGAAGAAGUUGAUAAAAGAUUCAAAUAUAGGAAAGAUAAAAAAUCUAUAAAUCUAGAAAAAGAAUCUAAUGUCUAUGAAGGACAAUGUCGUGCCGUUCAAUUGUCUGAGUCAUCAUUUGAAUCAACUAGCAGUGAUAAUGAAUUACACAAUUAUACAACAAGUGACAGUUGUAGUUCCAGCUCAGAUAGCAAUAAUGAUUCUGAUAAUAGUGAUAGCUCUGAUAAUGAGGAACCAAUGAAAUUAGAAACUACUAAAAACUGUGAUAAACUACAAAAUUAUUGGCCAGGUUUAAAUGGUCAGAUUGGAUUACUUUCUGCCAAAGCUGCUCCACGCCUAAGUGCACCAAACCCAAAGUCUACAAUUGCAUUUAUUGGGUGUAAAAUAAGCAACAAUGAUUCGUGGGGAUUUGCUGCAGAAGCAAAGAAAAAUAUUGAUAUUUUCAGACAAAAAUCCGAACAGGCAACGACAAAAAGUAUUAACAAAGCAUCAGCUGUAAUAGCUAAGAAGGCGAAUCAAUCUGUAAAGCAGAAAAAGGAUACAGUGAAGAUGUUGAGUGACAAUUUGUCACAAUACUUUUCCCCUAACGAUUAUGUUCGUACGGCUGAGAAAAAAUAUGGCUUACAAAGCACCGUUGACCCUAGGUCGAAUGAAAAGCUGUUAAAAGAAUCAAAAAGUACAUCCGGAAACUAUGAUCAGACUCUUACGAUGAAAAGGAAACAUAUUGAGUCCUCUACAAAACACGACAAUAAGAAGGAAUCGGAAACCUGCAGUAAAAGCACAAUUUUAAGUCGUUGCUUUUCAUCAAUAAGAAGUAAUCAGCAAGUCGCUAAAGAUAAUUAUAAUCUCUACAUGAGCUCAAUCGGAGAGGAAGGAAUGUCCGAAAAGCUCUCUCCAAGCAAACUAGUAAAAAAAGCUAUUAAUGAAAAACACUUUGAACGGCAGAAUAAAUCUCGCUUCGGCAACAACGAUCCACAGAUGAUAAAAAUGUACAACACUGAUAAUAGAAACAGUUGUUCUAGUCUCUCUAGUAGUAGUAGUGUUUUGCCAAAACAGGCGGUCAUUUGUAAUUCCAUCGCAUCCAACAAAAGUGCAUACAAUGCUGUCCCAGCUGGAAAAGCUGAUACACCUGGCGCAUUACACCAUCUACCGCCACACAGCAAAUCUCCCUCUAUAAUGGAACAACCACCAUUGCCUAAUGGAGCUACGCAAAAAGAUGCUGAUCUUUACAAGCAGGUGCGCGAUCAGGCUGCAAAUUCUGUAGCAGAACUGAUGCGACUCGAUGCCAAAGUAUUCACGAAAGAUGUCACCCCAGAGCCCAACGCGUCGCCAACAAAGAAAACGUUACUUGCCAAUACGCUUCAAUCCCCGUCCAAGUUCAUGGCUGCCCAGGAAAGAUGUCCCGCGGCAAUAGAAUUUGGCAAAUAUGAAAUUCAAACUUGGUAUUCUAGUCCGUUUCCUCAGGAAUACGCUAGAUUACCUAAGUUGUUUCUUUGUGAGUUUUGCUUGAAGUACACCAAAAGUAAGGCUGUUCUGCAGCGGCAUCAAGACAAGUGCUCAUGGCGACAUCCACCAGGAACGGAGAUCUACCGUUGUAACGACAUCUCAAUCUUUGAAGUGGACGGCAAUGCAAACAAAAUAUAUUGCCAGAAUCUUUGUUUGUUAGCGAAGCUGUUUUUAGAUCAUAAGACCUUGUACUAUGAUGUAGAACCUUUCCUAUUCUACGUCCUAACUAAGUACGACCGUAAGGGAUACCAUCUAGUAGGUUACUUCUCUAAAGAGAAACAUUGCCAGCAAAAGUACAACGUAUCCUGUAUAAUGACAAUGCCACAGUACCAACGACAGGGUUUUGGCAGAUUUUUAAUUGAUUUCAGCUAUCUAUUAAGCCGCGAAGAAGGUCAACCCGGUACUCCAGAGAAACCGCUCUCUGAUUUAGGUCGCGUUUCGUAUCAUGCGUACUGGCGAUCGGUGGUGUUGGAUUACUUGUAUCGCAGUAGAAACCGAAUCGUCUCUCUGAGAACAAUUUCCCAUGAAACAGGUAUUGUGAUUGCAGAUGUAGCGCUAGCGUUUCAGUUGUUGAACUUUAUUAAGUAUAUAAAGGUGGUCAAGGAUGGGCUUAAAGUAUACCAACCUGUAAUCUGCGUGGAUUGGGGCAUUGUUGAUAAGAAUUAUGAACGAUAUGUGCAGUCAAAAACAAGACGUACUAUUGACAAUGAAUGUUUAAGGUGGACACCGCUAUUAUCAUCUGUACCAUUUUUUGUCGACACUGAACUAACGGCGGACAUUUUGUCUGUAACUGAUAAAAGAUUGAAACAAGAGAAAUCUGACGAUGUUAUCAAGACCCCAGAGCCGGACACCAGUAAACAUCCAAUUUCUGUUGUAGCUGCCUUACAGAGUGACGUUUGCGAAGAGUUUAGAGGUGUGAAGAAACGAGGCAAGCGAUAUUCGUCUAUUAAGUCCAAGUUGCUCAAGAAACCUACACCUGAAAAACAAGCAGUGGUGAUAGAUCCUCCAACCCCUGUGAUGAGCAAAAUCGAAAAACAUUCGUCUAACAUCUUGGAAGCAACGUCUUCUGGUCGAAAACGUGUGAGGCCCAACAAAUACAACGAAACCACAUACGAUGCUUUCGGUGGAAGAUCGACACAAUUCGAGGAGCCUAACGCAUCUGAGGACCAGCAUUUCAGAAAGCGAAGAAGAUCAGAAUACCUUGAAAACACUGCAACUGAACAGAAACGGGCUCGGCUAAGUCCAGAAAAUGGUGGAAAAGUUUCAAAAGAUCCUAUCAAACAAACAAGUGUUUCCAGGAGGUCUAAGGAACAACAAAGUGAAAGUAUUAAGGAUGAAGAACCCAAGGCUAUGCUUGAUGCUAAGAAAAGGCGUCGUAUAUCAGAACGGAGAAUAUCAAACCAGUCAGAAUCUAUUGUAGCUGCCGUGGGAACUGUCAAUAUUGAUCAAGAUAUGACCUCAGAUGAUGACGUGAAUACUUGCGAUACGGAAAAGGAGCGUCAAAAACAUUCUCUUCUUCGUAUUCCAGAAGUGCCCCCCGGAAGGAUAAAACGGCGUCCUGUACAACGGUUUAGCAGUCGCAAUUCUAGUAGAAUAGCGGCAUCUUCCACUUGUGUUUCGAGUGCAGAUAGUGAUGGACAGACCAUUUCGUCACCAGUCAUAAAGAAGCAAAUUACUUUAGUUGAGAUGCUUCGAGCAAAGUCAGUGUCCCAUGAAUCAAAGGAAGACAAUCAAUGUGAUACGGAUUCUCAGCAGGAAAAUGCAGCUGAUGUACGUUCGGAAGUCGUACCAGAGAAGGCAAAAAGUGUUUCUCCAAAAGAUAGGAAAAGACGUAGUAGUAGUAAGAAGCUGAACUCUUCAAGUGAGGUUUCUUCCGGCGAAGCAGAUGACGAGAUGGAAGAAGAAGCUGUGAAUAAAAAUAAUUUGCAGAAAUCACCAGCAAAGGAUCUUGUUGCACAGGAAGAUGAUUUGAAUAAGACGAUUGGAGGAUAUGAGAACGACCAAAAGCUAGCGGAUAGUUUAAAAGAGUCUCCAACGAAGCUAGAUGAGCGGAAGAUAUCGUUUCUGCAAAGUAUUCAAACUGAAAAGUUAGAAUCCAGUAAAAAAAGCGAAGAUCCUGGAACAGACACCGACAACAGUACUGUAGGGAAAAUCCAGGAUAACAAAAAUGAUAGUAUUGUUACUUGCGACCAAGAAUCCGUACCUACAUAUUCAGGAAAUGAAGCAUCCCUCAUCGAAAAAGAAGUUAUUGAAACUGUGGUAAGUGAACCAAAUGGUAAAAGUGAGGGUGAAGAAGAGAGUCAAGAACUGGCUACCGAAGUGUCUUUAUCCCAGGAGCGAGUCGAUCCCACAAUUGAUAAUGUUCCGGCAGAUCUUGAUUCUAAGGACGCUUUAGAGGAAUCUCAUACUUGUGCAACUAUUAAUUAUGAGAUUAAAGAUGCAGUGAACAAUAAUGAAAAAUUUCCCACGCCAGAAAGAGAAUGUGUGCAAGUAGUUCAGCCAUGUUCCAGUGUUGUGCAGGAAACCGCUUCAUGUAACCAAUCUAUUUCUAGUGCAGAUUUGAAAACGGAGGAAGCGCCUGAAGAUAAACCGCCGACGAAGGAUGCAUUGGAAACGCUAUGGAAUAGGAAAGACGAUGUUGCUGAAGAAAUAGCUGAGGACAACCUUUCCAGUGAGAAAAAAGACGAUGAAAAUAAAGACGAUUUUUCUACUGAGCUCAGUGAACAGAUUUCUGUUAUAACGGAGUCAAAAUUUGGUCCAGGAAGCUCUUUGGUAACCGAACAAACUGCAACGGAAACAAAGAUAGAUGAAGAGUCGAGAGCUGAUGAGAGUACAGCAGUUAUCAAAGAAAAUGAAACUUUAGGUGUUACAAGCACUGUGAAAGAACCUCAACAACAGGUACACACGUUUUUUCCUUCCCUAAAUCCGAACAGCGAUAUAGGCAGUAGUAGCUGUAGCAGUAGUAAUACGGCGAGUGUUUUAAAAAUAAAUGAAAACUAUGAAAAACAUAUGGAAUCUCGAAGGCCUAAGAUUAUUGUUGAUGUAAAAUCUAGCAGUGACAAUUCGCAAAACUGUUCGGAAAAGGAAACCAAAAUUGAACAUUCCACGGUUGAUUUAACAGAGAGUAAAAUUGUAAUUAAAGCGAAACCAAAUGAGUCGAUAACCAAAACAGAUGUUGAUGAGAAGGGAAUUACCGAUAAUCCCACUUGUGUUAGUACAAUAGAAGCGGCUGGUUCGCAUAAAAAAAAGUUCAUAAAAAACGCAGCCGAGGAAGCUAACAAACAAUUUGCAGCAGAAGCUGAACAACACAAAGAAAAAUCCGUUAUACAUCAAUGCGACGAUGUAAAAAGUUUCAAUAUGGCACUGCCAGUAUCGAGUACAGCCAAAAUACGAGAAGAGCAGGCAACUUCUGGUAUCAAACCGAUGGAUAUAAAAAAAGAGCCUUCACCAACAAAGUUUCCAAAAACCGACAUAACCUGUCAGGUUCAACAAACGACGUAUAGCGGACCGGAAAAAAUCAAAACCCUUGAGCCGAAAUUAUUAAACGUUUACGAAAAUCAAAUCGUGUACGAAAAUACGCAAAAGUCAUGUACUGAACCCAAAAAAUCGAAAGAAAAAUGUGCGGGUGCUGAAGACUUGAAAAAGAACAAGUCCGAAGCAAAGAAAACACAAAACGCCUCUGUUAAGUCUGAAUCAAAAAUCGAAAUGAAAGUCAGAACUGAGCAAGACAAUAGUGGGAAUAGUAGCAGUAGCAGCACUCCGAAGAGGCCUGAAAGUAUCAAGAAAGAGGCUAUGAAAAACUCGUCUACGGGAAACGGGAACAGUUGCGCGAAAAGUGGUUUCAGUACAGAUCAGCUCAAGCCAAACACUACACAACAGGAAAUUAACAAAGCCAGUGGAAGUGUUCCGAUGGUAAAUUCUAGUUCAAGGACAGAAAAGUAUUCGUCAAAGCAUAGUAUGCAUGAUGCGAAAACCAUUGAUCUUAACAAAAUACCUCCACAAUUUCCGGCUAUCAAUCAAUUGCCUAAUUAUCAUACUACGUCUCAAUACUGGCAGCUGGAUCCGUAUUACCACCAAAGCUACAACUUAUCACAUCUAGAUGCUACUAGCCAAAAAUCGCCCAACAAGUUUCAUCUCGAUUUAGCAACAUCCAUGGCCUAUGGAAGCUUUCCCUCUAAUCUGUACCAAACUGCAUUUCAGCAACAUCAAGAACAGCAAUACCAACAACACCAGCAAUCAUAUCAAGCGAAGGAACGCUCAAAUCAGCGAUUGGACAAAAAGAAUCAAUCCAAUCAGACGACCACCAACAACAGCAUCGAUGUUCAUAAGCAGAACAAGAAUGUCAAGACUAUGGAGGAUCAAAAGUACAACAAGAGCAGCGUGGUUGAUCAUCAAACGCAGCAGCAAAUCUCUGGAGUUAAUAUGACGGUAAAUGUAGAUGGGAAUUCGUGUGCCAAGUCGGUUAGUGCUACGCAGUUCUCAAGCCACAAUACCAUCAAGGGUAACUCCAAAAUAAAAAUGGAAAACAAAGCGAAUGAAAAUUGCAUGAUUAGUAAAUCGAGCCAGGUACAACAACAGAAUCAGCAACCAGUUCAUGGGAAUGUAAAUCAUCAGUCUGCUUCGUGUCAGAUGUUGACAAUGCAACAGCAUCAACAACAACAACAACAACACCAACAACAACAACAACAACAACAACAACAACAACAGCAGCAGCAGCAGCAACAACAAUCACAUCACAAUCAACAGGUAUUGAACAAAAGCAUGCAUCAACAAAUAGUGUCUAACAAAGUCAGUUAUUCAAACGAAGAGCUAAAUCACCAGGAAACUACAAAUAGCACUUCUAACAUCUCAGCAACAGACCUGAAACAGAGUGGGAGCGGUCAGGAAGUGCAAUCCAUUGGUGUUUAUACACCCGAUUCGACGACAAAUUCCGUACACAGUUUACACCAGUAUGGACAGUGCGAUUUGGACGUUACUCAGUUGGGUUUGGAAUCUCCUGCUAGCAUAUCGAGUGAUAUGACGGCUCAAAAUUCCGUUGAAAGUAUAAGGCCAUCUAGCGUUGUACCCCAUCAAGUUAAUCAGUACUCGGACUGCUCAAUACAACAACAACAACAGCAGCAGCAGCACCAAACGCAGAUGCAACAACAGAUGAAUAUGCAUACCCAUGUACCAGCUUCUAGUCCACAGCAGCAAUCGAUGGCCAUUAUCAAUAAUAAUCCAAAUAUAGACAGUUCCAAUAGUGGGGGCGGACGAGGUAAGGUUCAACAGCAACAAUUGCAAAAUCAAAACAAUCGAAAUUCAAGCACAAAUCGAUCUACAACACCAAAGGUUAGCAGAAACACAGCAACUCCAGUGAGCAAUCAUCAACAACAGCAACAGCAACAACAGCGCCAUCAUAACCGAGCAACGCCACCGGUAGGCAGCGCUAUCCAACCGUUAACCAGUCCUGGUCAUCAUCAGCAUCAACAAGCACAGCAACAAUCGAUGCAACAACAGAACGUAUCGCAACAACAGCAACAGCAACAUCAACAUCAGCUGGCCUUGCAACAACAGAUGCAUCAAUCGUACGGCCAUAUUACGGGGUCAUCGUUGAAUCAUCAAAACCAUUCUCAAAAUAUGCACCAAUCUGGAUACAUUACAUCACAAUUAGGAAUCUCUAGUCAAGCAUAUCCACAAUCGCCGACAUCUUAUGGAAGCGUCCCAAUGACAACCGUGAUACAACAUCGGAUGUCCGGUAGCCAUACAAGCCUUGCAACACCGAAUAGCCUUCACAGUCCGCAUCAGCGUCUGGGACCGUCGCCUUCCUCAUGUGCAGUAUCGUCGGCCAAUAAUUUCUACAUUCAAUCCGGCAAUGUGAGUCAUCCACAGUCUCACACACCUAUACCGGCACCUACUCCGACACCGACACCCACACCGACACCGACACCUCAGAUCGAUAAUUCAUGUCAAGCUGGAAACAUCCAAGGCACCGUUAGUCAGGGUAAUGUGAUACAGGGUUCUUUAUCCUGUUUGUCGAAAUUGCAGCAGUUAACGACAAGUGUAGACAUGGUGGGUUCUUCGUGUAAUACCUCACCAGCAGGAGCAAUCAACAUCACCCCUCCACCAAAUCAUCAUUCCCAUGUUGGUGGUUCCAUUACACCAUCGCCAUCUUCUCACAUGUCCAACCAAAACACGGUUCGAAACAUCUCCACCCCACCGGCUUCAAUCCAAGCUCAGAUGCCUUCACUCAAUUACCACAAAUACUACACAGGGAACAUGAACGUCUCGCCAAUAACAGGGUCGCAAAACAGCGGAGGGCGCCUGUCACGGAACACUGCAUCCGCUCCAAUUCAGCACAUGAGCAACAGUUCAAGUCGGGUCAGUCCUAAUGUUGCCAUAAGCCCUAACCUAAUGUCACCGUAUAGUACAUUGAAUACAGCGUAUCGUAUGUCGGCUGCACAGCCUUCCUCAACUGGUGGUUAUAUUACCAACCCAGCGGCAGGAUUUAUAAACAAUGCUACACAGAUUCCCGUGCAAAUGGGGGUCAUGAAUAUGCAGUCACAAUAUCAGGACCCUUCAGCAAUUCAACGCGCACAGCAAAAUUCCAUGUAUCCAGCAGCGUAUUCGGCCUAUCUGCCAGCGAUGAGACGAUAGGAAAAGGACUAAGUGCAACAUCGUUAUCAGUUGAUUGUUUGUUCGGUUUGGAAGUUGAUUGUACGGCUUUAAAUUUUAUCAAUGAAUUUGAUUUCAAAAUUUCACUACUGGGUAACUGUGUUUUUAAUUUUCAAUUACGUAUAGAUCCCCAUUACAGAUGAUUUUUGGUUCGCCCGCCAUUCUCGUUGCACUUGUUCGUUUUCCCGUUUGACGUGUGCGAUUGAUCUCAAAAUUUGAAGCUCUGGUUAUACUUCGGCAAAGUCGUUAUAAUUUGAUCGGAUAAAAUAAUUACACUACGAAGUAAGCUGUUCUUUAUUACAAAGUGUACAGUUUAUAUUAUUUCUUACCAGUUGAAACGUAAAGUGUACUGUAAAAUAGUGUACUGUAAAAUAGUGACCCUGUUUUGUAAAAUAAAAAUUAGGGCUGUUAAUGUAGAUGUUAAAUUUUUAAGAAACAAUGAUUAGCUAUUCAUAGGAAAUACUGAUAAAAUGUAAUUCUAGCAGGUAUGGAUACAACAAUACAUAUGUAUUUAUUUCGGAACUUUUUUGUUUCAUUUUUGUUGACAAUUAUUGUAACGGUUUUCUCGAUAAAAAAUAUUAAAGCUAUCAUCCAGUUUUU